ACAACGGCUCGCGGCCACGGGGAAGGUGAAAUUCCCCGUGACAAGCGAGCGCCUCCCUGCAGCAUCGGACAAGUGCUCGCGCCUCCCCCGUCGCCUGCUUUUCAUGGCGGGCAAAGAAAGACGGCGAGGGGGGCGGGACGCGCCGGAGCGGACGAGAGGGAACGGGACAGGGGCAGCCAGCCAUGCACUGCCGGCCGGGACCUCCCCUCCCCUGCCCUGCCUUUCGACCCUUUUGAGGCCGAACCCCAUCUUUUCUUCCAUUCUUUUGGGCCCUUGGCUUAAACAAACGUUCUUUUGCACAAAUGCGCCCUUCUUGUCUUUAACGACUGUUUGUCUUUGCUGUAGGGUCUAGAGGCCUACUGCGAGUAACAAGUUUUCUUUGUUUCGCGUCAAUCCAUUUGGUAGGACAAGUAGAGUACUUCUAGAUGGAGUCACUUUAGGAGCCAAAUGGCAUAUUUGCUCCGGUUUCCCUCUGUAGUGGGCGAUUUGUUAGGCAGAGUCUGUGUUUGCAUUGCAAUGUCUACGUUUAUUUUCUAGCCUUGUUGGAAAGCAUACUAUUUUAGACAACUGCACUUUCUUACUCCCGAGAAAGGUGGAAAUGUAAAAGGUCAGGUUGCCGCUUGAGUCACUCAUGCAGCAUCUCCACCGCUGGGAAAACUGACCAUUUUCUUUCAAAAAAAAAGAAAAGAAAACCUGACCACUCGACAAGUUUCAGUUCCUACGUUACUAUCCUUUAUUAAUGUUUCCAAAUUGUGGUUUUGAAUCGUGUGUAGCGCCAUCAAGUUUCGUGUCUGUUCCGAAAACUUGAACUAUCAUUGAAACAACAAAGGACAUUUUGCUUAUUUUCACCUUGUUCAAUGUCAGGCCUACAUUUCCAAGGACAGGACAUUGUGCUAAUUUCUUAACUGCUGCCGUUUCAUGUACUGGCCGGCACUGUCACCACUCUCGAACGUCAUAAAUCAAACUAAUCUGGAUGGGGUAGACAAUAGUACAGAGAUCUGAAGUGCUCUUGUCAGAUAGAUCUACUAGAAACCUACCUGCGCCAUUAACAACUCCAAAGUACAAUGGCCACUGCCACCACGCCAGCAUCAACCACCAAGAGUAAGCAAGCUCACACAGUGUCUCAAAACGGAAUACGUAUAAUGAUAUCCUAAUGCUUUUGGCUUGUUUUGUCAUCGUUUGGUGUGCGCAUCACUCACCAACUGCUGCUGCUGCUACUGUAUGGUGAAAAUGUCUUGCGCAGGUUUGGUAGGCAACGUGCUAGCACUAGUUUAUACAAAAAAAUAUUUUUGAUGUUUUGUCAGUUUGGUAAUCACAGGGCUUGGCUCUGUUAGGCCUGUACUUGUAUACUCCCAUAAUCUCACUCCUACCACAUGUCUCAUGUCUCAGGACCCCAAAACUGUUACUGUAUCAGGGUUGGGGUAGAAAGCCUGAUUAGGGCACAAAUUACCAGGUUGGUUGGAAAGGCUCCCCUUUUCCUUUUCCCUACCCUAGUUUCUCCAGCUGCAAAAAACAAAGAAAACCGGGAGGAGCAAGGUUUUCAGACCUGGGCAUGCGGAAAAGGUGCAGUGGUUAACCUAUUCAUCCAUCACAGCAAGGAACCCCAGGGAGAGGGGGGGAAAGGUGCGUGUGGCGUUUUCACGAUAUGUCACAGUCAACGGCCUUUUUGCAGGCUCGCCACUAGCGUGUCAUUGGUGCUCGCUUAUGCUGUAUAUAUACACAACACACACGCAGACGUAUUGCGGGUGGAUGCAGAGCAGUUAGAGAGAGAAAGAGAGGGCUUUCUUUUCCGUUUGCCUCUCCAAAUGGCUGAUUAGUUCUUGGCCUGAAGAGUGAAGGGUAGUGGUGGUGGUGGAUGGAUACGGCACUUCUUGGUGUGGACAGAGCUGGGUUCCUUGGAGCUUAGCGUGACUUCAGAACACGCCAUUUCUUCGUUCUUGGAUCAUUUGGAGUUUCUUGCUUGAUUUUGGCAGCUUCUCUCCUCAGUUCUGAGCUCUGAGCAGCGACAAAUCUCUUCAGUUCACAGUUCUUGACUGGUUCUCGAGCUGCGCCGAGCAAUGGAGGUGGCGGCUCUGGAGAAGAAGGGACACAGAGCUUUUGCCAAGCCUCUGAAGUCUUUCAGUUCUUCAGAGCACAAGCGAUCCAAGAGUUAUUUUGAGGAUAUGUAUGCUGCAGAUGCUUUGCGCUCUUCAGAUAAAACCAUCGUUCUGCCUAAGCCGGAAGUUGUAAAAGCUAAGGUGAAAAGCGACAUCAAUAAGGAUGUGCAACCUGGGAGGGGAGCACAAAGCACCUUGAGAAAAGAGAUUCUGCAACUAGAAAAGCACCUCAAGGAUCAGCAGGUUGUGCGUGGUGCCCUGGAAAAAGCUUUAGGGCCCGACGCUGCUCCAGUCAACUUGUCACCUGAGAAUCCAAUGCCAAAAGCUGCUAAUGAAUUGAUACGAGAGAUUGCCACAUUGGAGCUUGAGGUCAAGAACAUGGAGCAGUAUCUCCUGACGUUGUAUCGGAAAGCGUUUGAGCAGCAAGCACCUACAUUUUCUCCUCCUGAUCACCAGGAUGCUUCAAAGCCGUCAGUGAGCUCACGGUCUGGGCAGCUCCGGGAAAUGCCGAUGGCAAUGAAGUCUUGCAAGAGUAGAGGGGAUGCAGCACUCCGGUCCAGCUAUCCGCCACCACAUAAGAAGUGGAAUGAUCCAUUGACAGAUUGCUGCACAUCGGUUCGUCCUGAUAGAGCAGUUGAUUCGGAUGUCCUCCGCUGCCAGUCUGCGUUAUCGUACCGUGGAGUUUGUUCGUCCAGGAUAUUGCCUUCAGAGGAUGAUAGUCUUGCAAGGGCUCUUCGUUCGUGCCACUCACAACCUUUUUCAUUCCUAGAGCAGGAAGGAGAGACCGGUGCAUCAGGAAUGAUAAGCUUAGCAGAGUAUCUAGGAACUAAUGUAGCUGACCACAUCCCUGAAACUCCGAACAACCUGUCAGAAGAGAUGGUGAGAUGCAUGGCAGGGAUCUACUGCAGACUUGCAGAUCCUCCGUUGGUUCACCAUGGCUCCUCGUCUUCGCCAACAUCGUCAUUCUCCUCAGCAAGUGCAAUAUCUCCACAGUAUGUGGGGGACAUGUGGAGUCCCAAUUACAAGAGAGAAAAUACUCUUGACUCUCGGUUGAUAAACCCAUUCCAUGUUGAGGGUUUGAAGGAGUUCAGUGGACCGUACAACACAAUGGUUGAGGUUCCUAUGAUUAGCCGCGACAGUCGGAGGCUGAAAGAAGCUGAGGACCUACUCCAGACGUACAAGCUGAUAUUGUACCGGUUGGAAACUGUUGAUCUGAGGAGAAUGACAAAUGAAGAAAAGAUAGCAUUCUGGGUCAACAUACACAAUGCUUUGCUGAUGCACGCUUAUCUGAAGAAUGGCGUCCCACAGAACAAUCUGAAGAAGACAUCCCUACUUGCUAAGGCUGCCUGCAAAAUCGCCGGACGAAACAUCAACGUAGCCGUUAUCCAGAGCAUGGUCCUUGGAUGCAAUACGCACUGUCCCGGACAGUGGCUACGGACAUUGCUUUACCCCAGGAUCAAAAGCAAAGUGAGCAAAGCCGGGCACGAGUGGCGAGCCUUUGCCGUUGCACAAUCAGAGCCUCUUUUACGCUUUGCGCUUUGUUCGGGGAGCCAUUCUGAUCCCGCGGUGAGGGUGUACACUCCGAAGCGGCUGUUCCACCAGCUGGAGGCGGCGAAGGAGGAGUUCAUCCGGGCGACGGCCGGCGUGUGGAGGGAGCAGAAGCUGCUGCUCCCGAAGCUGGUGGAGGCGUACGCCAAGGACGUGAAGCUCUCGCCGCAGGGGCUCGUGGACAUGGUCCAGCGCUACCUCCCGGAGAGCAUGAGGAUGGCCGUGCAGAGGUGCCAGCAGGGCGGCAGGUCGUCGAGCAAGGUGGUGGAGUGGGUGCCCUACAACCCGGCCUUCCGGUACCUGCUCGCCAGGGACCUUGCGUUCCCUCACCUCAGCUGACCGUGUGUGUCUCUGCAAGACUGCAACAGUAGCAGUCGGCUUGGUGAUGAACUGAAGUUUGGUUGGAGUUGGAGUAGAGUAUAUGCGUGUACCAUAGGGUUUAAAGAGAGUUAGGCAAGGCUUUGUGCAGAUUUUGUGUCGUGUGGGUUGUAGGAUGAGACGAUCAGUGGCGCCGGCGUGUGGCGUGUUUCCAAUUGUCCGCUGUAAAAAAGGGAAAAGGUUAUUUUGUAGAUGAACAGGAGACAGGAUGGAAUGGGAAAGCAACAUGUUAGUAGUGGUUA